AGGAGACGCUGCCAGCCGCGGAGCACAACACAGGCUUGUUGCUUAGCAGAGGGUUUAUGGCUGUGGAGGACGCCGGGAGGGGGAAGGCAGCGGCACCGGCAGCGGCACCGGCAGCCCCCCGAAACCGCGGGCGAGGGGCCGGGGAGAGCGGCCCGGGCUGGGGGGAGCCGAGGGCUCGCCAGACCCCCUCCCCCAGCAGCCUGUGAGCGAAGCGGAGCCGCCCGGGGCUGAGGGGCCGUGGUGGGGCCAUGUCGUCGCCGCUGUCGCUGCAGGAGGAGAACCGCAUCCUGCAGCAGGAGCUGUCGCGCGUGGAGGACCUGCUGGCGCAGAGCCGCGCCGAGCGCGACGAGCUGGCCAUCAAGUACAACGCCAUCAGCGAGCGGCUGGAGCAGAGCCUGCGGCUGGAGGCAGGCGAGCGGGAGGCAGCAGAGAGCCGCAGCCUGGCGCAGCACAACAUCGAGCUGCGGCGGCUGCUGGAGGAGGAGCAGGCUGCCUACAAGCGCAAGCUGCAGGCAUACCAGGAGGGACAGCAGCGGCAGGCUCAGCUGGUGCAGAAGCUCCAAGCCAAGGUGCUGCAGUAUAAGAAGAAAUGUGGCGAAGUGGAGCAGCAGCUGCUGGAGAAGGAGACAGAGCUGGAGCAGGAGAGGCUGACGGGCCAGCUGGAUGUGAGCAGCUCGCAGCUGGACGAGGAGAGCAGCAACGAGCUGGAGAAUGCUUUGAUCCGGCUGGAAGAGGAGCAGCAGAGGAGCAGCAGCCUGGUGCAGGUGAACUCGAUGCUGCGGGAGCAGCUGGAGCAGGCCAACGCGGCCAACGCGGCGCUGAGCCAGGACAUCCGCAGGCUGACCGCAGACUGGGCGCGGGCCCGCGACGAGCUGCAGCAGCGCGAAGUGGAGUGGAGGCGAGAGGAGGAGUCCUUCAACACCUACUUCAGCAACGAGCACAGCAGGCUGCUGACCCUCUGGAGACAGGUGGUGGCCUUCAGGCGGCACUUCGGGGAGAUGAAAGCCACCACCGAGAGGGAUCUGUCGGAGCUGAGCCACGAGGCGUCGCGGGCCAGCAGAGCUGCCCACGCUGCCUGCCUGCACCUGGCUGCCAACCUGCGGCUGGCAGAGAGCCAGGCUGGGGCUGCCCGGGAGCAGCAGCAGAUGAGGCUGGCACAGCUGGAGGAGAGGGCACAGGAUGCUGAUCGGGAGAAAGCUGCCCUUGGAGCCAGGUUGGCAGAGCUGGUGGUGGCCCUGGAGCGGCUGCGGGGUGAGGAUGAGGAGAAGGAGCAGAGGGUGGAGACGCUGAGGCUGCAGCUACAGCAGCUGGAGGCCUCUCGUGCCCAGGAACCCUCCCCAGCAGAGGUGGAGGCUUUGCGCUCCGAGCUGGAGCAGCUCCGUGGGACGCUGCAGGACAUCACCCAGUCGGUGCUGGCUCAGGACCCUGAGCACCAAGAGUCCCCCUCAGCGUCCCCUCCGUGUCCUCCCCCCACGUCCCCUCACCACAGCCUCACCACCGUCCAGGCUGCCCUGCGCCACCGCCAGCUCCAGCUGCAGGAUGCCCGGAGCCAGGCAGAGGCCAGCCGGGAGGUGGCCGAGGGCCUGCAGCGGGAGCUUGGGGACAGCAAGCAGCAGCUGGGGGCGCUGGAGAGGAGGCUGCAGGAGCUCAGCGCUGAGGCUGAAGGCUGCCGGCGGGCGCAGGAUGAGGCCCUGUGCGAGGUGGCUCGGCUGAGGGUGGAGGCUGAGGGCCUGCGCAGGGAGCGGCUGCGGGCAGAGGCAGCGCUGGCAGCAGAGCAGCAGCGGGCAGGUGCCCUGCAGCAGGAGCGGGCACAGCUGCAGCGCCAGGGCGAGGGGCUGGAGGAUGCCCGCGCCGAGGCUGCCCGGGACGCUGAGGCCACUCGCCAGCAGCUGCAGCACAGCCAGCAGCAGGUGGAGCAGCUGGAGGCGCAGCGUGCGGCGGCGCAGCAGGAGCUGCUGGAGGCGCGGGAGGCGCUGAGCCGCGCGGCGCUGGAGGCUGAGGUGGCUCGGGGCGAGCAGGAGGCGCUGGCUGAGGCGCUGGCAAAGGCGCAGGGGAGCUGCGGGGAGCUGGCGGCGGCGCAGCGGGCGGCGGCGGCCGAGGAGGGCAGGCUGCGGGAUGCCCUGGCCAAGACCAGCGAGCUGGCGGCGGGGCUGGCUCGGGAGAAGACGGAGCUGAGCCGGAGCCUGGCGCGGCUGGAGGAGGAGCGGGAGCGGGGCCGCGGCCGCACCCGGGAGCUGCUGCAGGAGCUGGGCCGGCUGCGGGCGCAGCUGGAGCGGGGCCGCGGGACCGGGGCCGCCGAGCUGCAGGGGCUGGAGCGGGCCCGCAGGGCGGCCGAGGAGGGCAGGCGAGGGCUGCGCGCAGAGCUGCGGGCACUGCGCGCCCAGCACCAGCGCCUGCGCCAGCACCUGGGGCAGGCGGUGCAGGAGCAGGGCGCAGCGGGCGAGGCGCUGGCACAGGCGCGGGGCGAGCAGGAGCGGCUGCGGCAGGAGCUGCUGCGGUUGAGCCAUGCCCGCGGGGCGCUGGCCAAGGAAGGAGCCAGCCUGAGCGUCCAGCUCGCCGCCGCCCAGCGCCACGGCCAGGAUCAGGCCCAGGAGGUGGCCAGGCUCAGGUCGGAGAAGGAGGGGUUGGAGAGCAGCAUCUUCCAGCUGCAGGAGCAGCUGGCCCAGCUCGAUGCCCGCAACCAGCAGCUGGAGGCCGAGGGCCGGACCCAGCUUCAGGCCAAGGAGACGCUGGAGGCGGCGCUGGGUGCAGCUCGGCGGGCGUGGGAGCAGGAGCGGCGGCAGGAGCGGGAGCAGGCGCUGCGGGCGCGGCGGCAGGCGGUGGCGGCGGCCGAGGCGGCGGCGGUGGCGGUGACCCUGCAGAACGCCCGCGACAGCCACCGCGGGGAGCUGGGCAGCCUCCAGCGCCAGAAGGAGGAGCUGGAGGCCGAGCGGGGUCGGCUGGCACUGGAGCAGGAGGAGCUGGCAGCUGAGUUGGCAGCGCUGCGGCGGCAGCGCCAGAGCGAGAAGCAGCAGGCACUGGCACUGCAGGAGGAGGAGCGGGCAGCGAUGGCCAAGACGCUGGCAGGGCUGCAGCAGAGCCUGGCAGAGGCCACGGCUGAGCUGGAGCAGCAGCGCCGAGAGGUCACCACGCACCAGGAGAAGGAGCAGAGCCUGGCGGCAGAGCUGCGCUGCCUGCGGCUGCAGCUGGAGGAGGCAACGGCGGCGCAGGAGCUGCAGGCGAAGGCACUGCGGGACCAGGCGGCGGCGGCGGCGCAGCAGCGAGACACUGCCCUGCGGGAGGCGGAGGAGGCUCGGGCGGAGGUGCGGCUGGUGGCGGCGGCGCGGGCGGCAGGGCGCCAGGAGCUGCUGGAGGCGCAGAGGGAGGCCCGGGAGAGCCGGGAAGGGUGGGAGGCGCAGCGGCGGCAGGCGCAGGAGGCGAGGAGAGCCCUGGGGGACGAGGCCAGGGAGAAGGAGACCCUGAGGCGCUCCAACGAGGAGCUGCGGGCGGCUCUGCGCCGCGCCGAGGGGCAGCGCAUCAGCCUGAAGCGUGCCAGCGAGGAGAAGGAGCAGCGGCUGGCGCUGCUGGAGGACGGGCGGGCGGCAGCAGACAGGGAGGUGAGCGAGCUGCGAGCCGCCCUGCGGGAGGUGGAGCGUGCCCGCCUCGAUGCCCGCCGAGAGCUGCAGGAGCUGCGCCGCCAGGUGAAGGACCUGGACAGUGAGAACAGCAAGAGGAGCAAGGAGGUGGGGGAGCUGCAGGCGCGGGUGGCCCGGGAGGAGCAGCGGGAGGAGGAGAGCCGCAGGGAAGCCUUCGGCCUCAGGCAGAAGGUGGUGGAGAGUGAGGCUGAUGUGGAGGCUGCCAAGAAGGAGCUGCAGCAGCUGCAGCGGCGGCUGGCGGAGGCGGAGGCGGAGUUCGGGCAGCGGGAGAAGGACCUGGCGCGCAGCCUGGAGGAGGCUCGGGGCAACGAGAAGAAGCUGCUGGCCGAUGCCCGCAACCUGCAGCUGAAGGUGGAGGCGGCGCGGGAGGAGGCUGCGGAGCUGAGCCUGCGGCUGAGCGCCGCCGAGGGCCGGGCGCAGGGGCUGGAGGCAGAGCUGGCCCGCGGCGAGGCGCUGCGCCGGGCGGCAGAGAGCCGCCUGGGGGGCAUCCAGUCUGCCCUGCGCCGCACCAUGGGCAUCGGCCGGGCACGGCCCGGCGCCCCCAGCAAGGGUGGGGGCCCUGAGGGCUCAGGGAGCCCCAGCUCACCCCCGGGCCCCGAGGCAGCAGCCGAGCCCGAGGCGGUGCGGGCAGCCCUGCGGGAGUUCCUGCGCCAGCUGCAGGAUGCCCAGCGGGAGAAGGAGGAGCUGCGGGUGCAGGUGGGCAGCCUGAGCCAGCGGCUGGCAGAGGUGGAGGAGGAGCGGGACAAGGCUGGCAGAGAGGCGCAGCAGCUCCAGAAGCUGCUGGCUGAGAGCGAGGAAGGGGCAGGGCGCGGCGGGGGGCAGCUGGGCAGUGCCCAGGCCGCGCUGCUGCUGCAGGAGGAGAGGCUGCGGCGCGGCGAGAGGGAGCUGCGGGCGCUGAGGGACAAGGCGGCGGCGCUGGAGCGGAGCCUGCGGCAUGCGGAGGGCGAGCGGCGAGUGGCACAGGAGAAGCUGAGCGCGGUGCGAGCCAGCGAGGCCGAGCUGGAGGAUGCCAGGCGGCGGCUGGAGGCGGCAGAGAGCCGGAGCAGCCGCCUGGAGCUGCAGCAGCGGGUGCUGGAGGGCGAGCUGCAGCGGGCACGGGCGGCGCUGGGCGAGCGGCAGGCGGAGGCGCGGGCACUGCAGGACCGAGCUGAGCUGCUCCAGAAACAGCUGGCAGCCAGCGAGCAGCGCGCCGGUGCCUUGCAGCUGGCCACGGAGCGGCUGAGCGCGGCGCUGGCAGCCAGCGGCGAUGCCCCGAGCGUGCCACCGGCGGUGCCCGACGGCCAGGAGAGGCUGCUGCAGCUCCAGAGCACCCUGACCGCCGGCGAGCUCGACCGACGGCUGCUGCAGGAGGGGCUGGAUGUGGCGCGGCAGGCGCUGGCGGAGGCGCGGCAGGAGAAGGCAGCGCUGCGGGAGCAGCUGCAGGCACUGCAGGCUGAGCAGGAGGCUCUGCAGCGGAGCAAGGACGAGCUGGAGGCACAGGGCCAGCAGCAGCAGGAGGGGCUGCAGCAGCAGGUGCUGAGCCUGCAGCGGGCACUGGCGCGGGCACAGGGUGAGCAGAGGGCAGCCCAGCGCCAGGCCCUGCUCCUGGAGAAGGAUCACAGCGCCCUCAGGAGCACCCUGGGCAAGGUGGAGCGGGAGAAGCUGGGCACGCAGGAGGCCUCUCGGCGGCUCUCUGCCCAGCAUGAGCAGCUUGCCCGCUCCCUGGGCAGCGCCCAGCGCCAGCUGGCACAGGCGCAGGACCGCGUCCGGCUGCUACAGGUGCGGGCUGCCUGCGGCACCCACGGCAGCUGCCCGCUGGGCACAGCCUGGGGCUCAGGCCAGCUGCGGGAGAUGCUGCUUGGGCUGGGAGGGCUGCAGCCCUCGGCAAGUGGGUCCGCGCGAAACGCAACCGCGGAGAGUCCACGCACGGUGCGGCCAGAGCCCACCCCCCCCACCCCCCACGCCAACCCCCCCCCUCCCCCCACCCGUGGGGCCCACACGGAGCCACGCGAAAGGCGACCCCCGUGGUUCCCGCACCAUGCGAGACCCUCCCCCCACUCCCAGGGGUGCCCACGCGAAAUUCAAACCCCCCCCCCCCACACACACACAUCGCCGUGGGCCGUGCAGGAUGCAAUCGGGGGUCCAGACGCCACCCCCAUGGGCUAUGCGUGGGGGUCCACGCAAGAUGCAAUCCCUGGGGGGGGGGGGAGUGCGGUGGUCCACGCAACUCCCCGUGGGGCGUACGCGAUGCAACCGGAGGUGCACGCAAAAGGCGACCAACCCGCGGGGGGGGGUCCAGGUCGCGAUGCAUCCCCCACCCCCCGCGGACAGUGCGCGAUGCAAGCGGAGGUCCACGCACAACGCAAGGCCCCGUGGGCCAUACGCGAUGCCACCGUGGGUCCACGCAAAAUGCAACCAACCUCUUCGGGGGGAGUCCACAGUACGAUGCACCCCCCCCCCCCCCCGCUCCCCCCCACCCCAUUGCCGGACCGCCCACGAUGCAACCAGCGAUCCACGCACAACGCAACUCCCCGCGGAGCCCGCAGGGUGCUGCCGUGGGCCCCCCCCCCCCCGCGGAGCCCGCAGCACCCCGAGGAGGCAGACACGCGGGGACCACCCACCCCCACCCCCCACCCCGGCCCCGCCCCAGCCCCCACCUCUGCCACCCACUCUGUGCCCUCCCCACGCUGA